CAACAGUUUCCAGGAGACAUCCACCACCGACGCUGACAACGUCGGCGGCCAGUCCAACAAUAGCACCAAGGAGACACCGACAGAGUCAGAGGAGACUAGUGGUGGCGACGGCGGCACGGCCAAGAACCAGACGACCUUCGAAGACGCCAACGGCAAGAUGGAUGGUGUGCAGCCGGUGAAAGAAGACGGGAAGGACACUGAGAAGAACUCCGAUGAGGCUGCCAGCAGCGACAAGGUGGAAAGCACGGACGACAACACGAGCACCGACGCGGCAUCCAAGAACGCCACUUCCGGAGACCAGAACGUCGCGGCCGAGACCAUGGCCGCAUUUGCAGGUGCGGAUGGCACCAACGGCACGAUCACUCCACACACGGAGAACUUCGCGAUGAACAGCAGCGCCACAUCCGAAGACAAGAAACCGGCGGCUGGAGAUGGAGCCGCGGAGGAGAAGGCCGAGCUGCUGCCGAGCGGGCAGGCCGAGCUGCUGAACGAGACGGCGUCGGCGGUGGCGGAGAACGGCACGUUUCCGACCCAGGCGGCGGAGUCGAGCGAGGAGAAGGCGGAGCGCGCAAGCAAGAACAAAAAGAAAAAGAAGAAGAAGGGCAAGGACAAGGGCGCCUCCGGCGAGACGACGGUGGCGUACACCUGGAAGCUCUGCAAUGUGACCACCGGCGCGGACUACAUCCCGUGCCUGGACAACGAGGCGGCCAUCAAGAAGCUGAAGAGCAACAAGCACUAUGAGCACCGGGAGCGGCACUGCCCCGACGAUGCGCCGACGUGCCUGGUGCCGCUGCCGGAGGGUUACCGGCAGUCGAUCCCGUGGCCGUACAGCCGCGACAAGAUCUUGUACCACAACGUGCCGCACACGGGGCUGGCGUCGUACAAGGGGCACCAGAACUGGGUGAAGGUCUCCGGCGAGCACCUGACGUUCCCCGGCGGCGGCACGCAGUUCAAGCACGGCGCGCUGCACUACAUCGAGGUGAUCGAGGAGGCGCUCCCGGAGGUGGCUUGGGGGCGGCGCAGCCGCGUGGUGCUCGACAUCGGCUGCGGCGUCGCCAGCUUCGGCGGCUUCCUGUUCGAAAAGGACGCGCUGACGAUGUCGUUCGCGCCCAAGGACGAGCACGAGGCGCAGGUGCAGUUCGCGCUGGAGCGCGGCAUCCCGGCCGUCUCCGCCGUCAUGGGCACCAAGCGGCUCCCCUUCCCCGGCAACGUCUUCGACGUCAUCCACUGCGCGCGGUGCCGCGUGCCGUGGCACAUCGAGGGCGGCAAGCUGCUGCUGGAGGUGAACCGCCUCCUCCGCCCUGGCGGCCUCUUCGUCUGGUCGGCGACGCCCGUCUACCGGAAGGUUCCGGAGGACGUCGAGAUCUGGCACGCAAUGGCGGCGCUCACCCAGUCCAUGUGCUGGGAGAUGAUCAAGAGGACGAGCGACACGGUGGACCAGACCGCCAUGGUCGUGUUCAAGAAGCCGACGAGCAACGACUGCUACGACGCGAGGUCGCGCGCGGAGCCACCGCUGUGCGAUGCCUCCGACGACCAGAACGCGGCGUGGAACAUCACCCUGCAGGCGUGCCUGCACCGCGUGUCGACCGACCCGUCCGCCCGCGGCUCGCAAUGGCCGGCGCAGUGGCCGGACCGGCUGGCCACGACGCCGUACUGGCUGAGCGCCGACCAGGUGGGCGUCUACGGCAAGCCGGCGCCCGCCGACUUCGCCGCGGACCAGGAGCACUGGAGGAAGGUCGUCGAGAACUCGUACCUCGACGGCAUGGGCAUCGACUGGAAGAACGUCCGGAACGUCAUGGACAUGAGAGCCGUCUACGGAGGGUUUGCGGCGGCGCUCCGGGACAUGAAGGUGUGGGUGAUGAACGUGGUGACCAUCGACUCGCCGGACACGCUGCCGGUCAUCUACGAGCGCGGGCUCUUCGGGAUGUACCAUGACUGGUGCGAGUCCUUCAGCACCUACCCAAGGUCGUACGACCUUGUCCACGCCGACCACCUCUUCUCCAGGCUGAAGAGCAGGUGCAAGCUGCUGCCGGUGAUGGUCGAGGUGGACCGGAUCCUAAGGCCGGAGGGGAAGCUGAUCGUCCGCGACGACAUGGCGACGGUCCAGGAGGUCCAGAGCAUCGCAAGAUCUUUGCACUGGGAGGUGAGGAUGACAGUGUCGAAGCAGGGGGAGGGGCUGCUCUGCGUCGGGAAGACGAUGUGGCGGCCCAAGGAAGUUGAGACGCGGAGCUAGUUUGGUGACUGAUGACUGCAGCUGUUCUUCCAAAUGGUAGCACAUAGCAAAAUACAGAAUGGCAUUCCUGCCACAUUGCAAUAAUCAAGAUAGCCAUUGGGUUGUAUACAGUGUACCUGUUACCGAGUUUCGUAGCUGUAAGUACUAGCUCUAUUUACAUCAGUGUUUCAAACCUUAGU